CAUUAUUUUCACAAAAUAUUAUUUUGUCCCACAAUUAUACCUACAGGAGGAAGAAAAUCAGCUUUGGAAGCUUUGCUUGGCUCUAGGUUCAAAGUAAGUAAAAACUUUAUUUUGUUUUCAUGGGCGUGUAGCGGAUUGGCAAUAUUAAAUUCCACGAUCUCCGCUGGUAUAAAAGGUAAUCCACAGUCAAGCGCUGAAAAGAAAGGCAAUGUCCCAAAUCCCCCCAGUAACUGUACAAAACACAGUUCUGGGAGUCAACUGAGGUUUUUAUUCACAGCUCCAAUAUUUAUGCAAGUCCCCAUGCAAGGGGUUUCCCCACUGACAUAGCAGGGGUAAUACAGUAGGGGGACUUAACAUUCUGAGCAUUUCUCCCAUCAGGCACUGCUGGAAGAGAGGGAUACUCCCACUGGAAUAUACCAUUAAGUGGAUUAUCCCUCCGUGCAGCAGAACCGACAUUUUACAUUUAUAUCCAUAACUUUAACAAUAUUCAGUUUAUUUAAAUGACUGGACGUUCGGUAAAAAGCUGGGGUCUGAGUCCACAUUUCGUGGGAAUACCGCUCAGAUCCCAGCUAAAACAACCGAACGCCGCAUGAAAUACGCUUUGCCAUCGAGUUCGCCUAAAAGUACCGAACACUGAUGGGGAACCACAAUAACGAAAGACUGGAGCUCCCGAAUGGCCUGGAAGUCCAGCGGUGUUCGCGCCGUCGAGUAGUCGUUUUCAGUUCCACGCGCUCGACGACCAAACACAGCUGGUGAGACAAAGGAUCCAAGAUGGCUGACCGCCGUGUGGUCGGUAGCCGAACGGCGGCCACCUAGGAAAGUCUCUAAUUACAAGUUGCAACAAUGUUGCAAUCGGUUAAUGAGCGCCACACGUCCCUCUAUGUGUGGGCUAUCGGGGUAGCUCAUUCGGUUCACGAACAGCCAGUAAAGUCGCUGUUCGUGAAACGAAACACAUGAAUGCUAGCGGCUUUCGGCUGCUAGCAUACGAAUUCUAUGCACAUAACAUUAUCAACCAAGGUUAUACAUAUAGUACAGCGGUUAUUACCGACAACCGUUUUAUACAUAGAGUCCAGCAUCCUACAAGUGGCUAGGUUUGCCACAGGGCGGAAACUGAAAACAGUGCCCAUAUGGCCUUGCAAGACUUUAGAGCCCAAUUGUACAAAAGGGUUAGAGUAACGCUUUAAUGAGUGUCCUGGUGGGGUAUCCUGUGUAAAGAACCUUAGAAGAACUGGUAGUUUUGCCGUCAGUCCCCAUAAAUUAGUUAUCAUGGGUUCAUGAUCCAUGGUCAUCCAGGUUCAAAGUCUACAUUUGGAGCUCUCUGUAGAAGGCAAACAAAAUAAUGUGUUUAUUUGAAUUGAAAAUGGUAAAAAGCCAAAACAUGUUCUAUUCCUCCCACCCCCAUUAUCCUGGUAAUUACUGUGGUGCAUCUAAGCAGGAUAAUGGUGGAGGUCUGGACACUCUGUUUUUUCUGCAAAGUUCUACCACUGGAUGUCCUAACUCAGGCAUAGGCAAUCUUUGGCACUCUAGAUGUUUUGGACUACACCUCCCAUGAUGCUUUGCCAGCAUUAUGGGUGUGGCAAACAUAGCCACUUAAGACUAUUCUUUUAUGUAUAAGGGUUGCCCUGGAGAAACUGUUUGAUAUAUGGCUUAUUUUAGGUUGUUCGCUUAGAUAUGUGAUUAGAGGGCAUUCGAAUGCUAUUGGUGCGAAAGCCGCUAGCAUUCCUAUGGUAGUGUCACGAACAGGGACUUUCAACACUGUUCGUGAAACGAACAAAGUACCGAAUGGGAGACCACACACAGGGGGUCGUGUGGCUCGCAUUAACAGAUUGCAACAAUGUAUCUAGCCUCUGUUAAUUGAUUCGCAGGGUGGUCGCCAUUCGGAUACCGACCACGUGGCGGCGGCCAUCUUAGAUCCCCUUUUAGCCCAGCGAUGUUUGGUCGUCGUGUCCCUGGAACUAAAUUCGGCUACUCGACAGCACGAACACCGCUGGACUUCCAGACCGUUUGGGACCACCGGUCCUUCGGUAGUUUCAUAUAAACUGUUCAUUCUUGUGUGUUCCUAUAAAACGAUGUUUCGUGUGGCUUUCGGCUAAUUGUGCUGGGAUCUGAGCAGUAGUUUCCCGAAGUAUGCGCUCAGAUCCCAGCUAUCUAUAUAGAUGUAAUUCGGUUAAAUGGCACGAAUAAUGUGCAAGUUAUGUAUUUUUAAGUGAAAAGACCAGUUCUGCUGUACAGAGGAAUAAUCCACUUAACAUGAUAUUCUUAUGGGAGUAUCCCUCUGGUACAGCAAUGCAUGGUGGGAAAAUUGUCCUGUAUGUUCAGUUCCCCAUGUAGUCCCUUACUGUUAAACCCCUGCAAAGUCACUCAGGAAACCCCUUCCAUGGGGAUCUACAUAAAUACUGUGACCUGUGAAUAAAACCUCAGUUGACUCCCAGCCUAUGUGUCAUCUAGUUCUUGGGAAGGAAAGAUUCUAAUAACGCUAUCGGGAUUAUUGUAUACUGUACAUGUCUACCUGGAUUAUGACAUGCUGUUCCUGUCUACCAGCUGAGAUGCUAUGAAUGGGUGUAAGAGUAUUAUGGGGGAUGUAGUCCAGAACAUCUAGAGUGCCGAAGGUUGCCUAUCCCUGUCCUAGCUCAUCGAGAGAGAUGGGAUAGUGACAAAAAUGCCAUACUGGGUGCAUGAGUUCUAGUCCCAAUACUUGAUGGCUCUGAUGGAGGCCAAGAUACAAGAUAAUAUGCUACCUAUUAUUUGGUCUUUGCUUUUUUUGUAGAAGUUUACUAGACUUUGUUGGUCUCCAUGCAGCCUUCAGCCUUAUUUGCAGUAUGUUUGUUAGUCACUCAUUGUGUCUCAUUUUAUAUACUAGAUGUACGGUUCUGCUGUUUUGUCGGGAAACCUGAAAAACGGAGGUCAUCUUUUUCCUUAAUUUUUCUUUCCCAGCAUUACAAACUGUUCUAUAGAUUAUUCUUGACAGUUUAUACACUAACCUCUGAAUUGAGUUGAACCGAAAAGCAAAUUGCAAAAAUUUUUCAUAAAGUGUCUGCAGCAGUCGCAGCUCAACUAUUUUUGCAAUUCGACUUUCAAUAAACUACAAGCAGAAUGAUAGUACUGGUGGAGACUCUUGGAAUGUUUUUCUGAUGUGUGACGUGCCAGAUGUCUAGGAUAAAAAUAUACCCAAACAUAAUGUACUGUAAUGUAGAGCCGGGAAAGGAGAAUUGCAGAAGGUCAAAUUUAGUGAGCAUUAAUGGGGAACCAUCCUAUCUCUGUAAAUUAUACGUUUUAUUAAAACAUUUAAAGUCACGUUAACUUGUGUUAAAAAGAAACUCUAAGCACCAUAACCACUACAGCUUAAUGUAGUGGUUUUGGUGCAAAGAGGCUGUCCCUGCAGUUUCUCAGGUGUAAUUACAUUUGUCCCUAAGGCUACCUCAAGUGGCUGUUAAUGAGUCUGUCACUCAGAUAGGUGCUGGAGCCGCUUCCUAGAACGGUCCUGUAAUAUUUGUUUCAUUAUCACUUUUCAUGAAGACGCCGAGCGCUCAAUCUGUCUAGUGCACCUCUGUGUGGCGAUGCCAAUUGGCACAACACUGCAAUUUCCACACAUGCCCAUAAGCACCCCAGUGCUUCCCUACAGAGAAGAAUUGGAUUGGCUGAGAUCAAUUGUAAUGGUGAUCUUGGCCAGAGGGCACAGAGUAGGGAAGUAGGUGAUAAAACUGCCAGUUCAGUCUGGGCACAACCAAGGCACAAAUUGCACUGGGGGAGGAGACAUCGAAACAAUGUCUCUGAUUCUCCUCCUCCCUUUGUGCUGAUUGCCAGGUGUAAUGGGCGGAGUUUAUAUUAAUGACGAACAUGGGGGCGCUCAGUCCCAGGGUAGAGGUUAAUCCAGUAAUAAUGAUUUUAACAUUUAAUUUUAUUUACACACCUCACAAGCACAUAUUUGUUAAAAAAUAGGGGUAGGUCAACAGAAUACAAAAAAUCCUGUGAAGUGGCCAUUUCCCUUUUAAUGUGUACAUAGAUAUGUGUCUAGUUUUGUAUAUCACAGGUACCUUUACCAGUUGUGUGCUUGCUCCUGCAGAUGGCUCAACGAAUACUCCUGAAUCGUUCUCUUGCUCAGUCUGUGAAAGGUUGUAUUGUUCGUGAACAACACUUUUCCAACCUCAUCGUAAAAGGCACAAAACCACUUUAUCAUGGACCUCUCCAUACGUCUGACCUUAGUUCUCCUUUCUUCUGUGCUGCGCGUCACUUUUCCAGAUCUGCCCAAUGCCGAGUCACGUUCAACGUCCAAGAUGCAGAUGACUUUCAAGAGCGUGUGGUUUGCAGUGAGACGCCGAUUUUAGUGGAUUUUCAUGCGCAGUAAGUACCUACGUAGCUUAUUAAUGAAAUUUAAAGGGUUAUUUGAAGUGGUCAUGGUGCCUGGGGUCUGUAUGUGCAGUGUUUUGCUAUGAAACAACGCACAUAGAGAGAUCUAGCUCUUUCCUGCCGGAGGUGUAAGACACAGUGUAAUUUACUAAUGUCAAUUCUGUGCACAUUGGAUGCCUAUAAUUGGCAGGCACAGCAUGCAAGUAACAGAUGACCAAAGGUGGUUCGGCUCUCCUCAGCCCUACUUCCAGGAAUGCUCCAGCAAAGAGAUCUGAUGCCACCAUAGCAGGAUUGAGCUGCAGGGAGAUCUUGACUUUGGUAAAAUAUUACCUUCAUAGAAUUUAGUGCUAUAUCAGCAGAGUUCCAAAAUGUCUUCCUGCCACUACAGUUCACAAAUAGCAGUGAGCCCCCUUAGUCGGCCUCAGCAGCUGUCAGGUGUGAGCUAAAUUCAUACUGAUAAACCCAGAAUAAUAGGUAUCCAGUAGCUGCAUAGUUUAUAAUUGGUAUGCAUCUCUGGGAGAGCCUUUUCUCCUGCACCUGUUUAGGGUUUCAAAAAUAGCUCAUCUGAAAAAGUUCUCUUACGAGACUGUGGUCGGAGUUUGGUCAUGUUUGCUUAUGUCUUGCCAUUUGGAUUUCAGUUCCCUAUUCUAGUGAGUUUAGUGAAGUCUCCCCCAACAUGCCCAUUGGCAAUACACCCUGGGACACAAUGAAUAACCCGUAUAUUCAUUGCAGUGACAUAAGGUCUACUUACCAUAUGAACCUAUUAGUUUCCAUUUUAGCUUAUUAAACCUCUCUUUGCCGACUAAGUAAUCCUCUCUGUUUUGCUCAGCCUAAUUGACCCUCAUUUUACAGAAAUAUUCCCUGUUUCCUUAGGCCCUACCUUGUGCUUCUUUUUAGAUAUUUAUAUAUUUUAAACCAUCACAAUGAGGUUUAUUCAGUAAACUCUGAAUUGUAGUGAAUUGCAAACAACAUUUAAAAUUUUAUUCAAAAAGUGCAACUUUGGAACACAUUCUUUAGAAAAACAGACUAUUCUAAAUUUAGAAUAUGUGUAAAGGAGUCAUUAUCAGACUCGAGGAGUUUAAAUGAAGUCCAAGAAAAAUGUGAUUAUUUAAAAGUUGCCCUGCUUAACCCCUUAAGGACACAUGACAUGUGUGACUUCAAUAGUGGGGAAAAUAAUGGAAACCAUGUUAAAGGAUAGGAUUGUUGAACAUCUAAAAUCACAUGGGUUUACUUCAUGCCAAACUAAUCUUAUUGAUAUUUUUGAUUGGGUAACUAAAAUUAUAGAUCAGGGUGGUGCAGUAGACAUUGCUUACCUAGAUUUCAGUAAGGCUUUUGACACUGUUGCACAUAGAAGGCUCAUCAAUAAACUGCAAUCUUUAAGUUUGGAUUUCAAUAUUGUUGAAUGGGUAAGGCAGUGGCUGGGUGACAGGCUACAGAGGGUUGCAGUUAAUGGAAUAUAUUCGAAGCUUGGACUUGUCACCAGUGGGGUACCUCAUGGAUCUGUACUUUGACCAAUUCUCUUUAAUGUGUGUCAGCCACUGCCUUACCCAUUCAACAAUACUGGAAUCCAAACUUAAAGAUUGCAGUUUAUUGGUAAGCCUUCUAUGUGCAACAGUGUCAAAAGCCUUACUGAAAUCUAGGUAAACAAUGUCUACUGCACCACCCUGAUCUAUAAUUUUAGUUACCCAAUCAAAAAAAUCAAUAAGAUUAGUUUGGCAUGAUCUCCCUGAAGUAAACCCAUGUUGUCUCUGAUCUUGAAAUCCAUGUGUUUUUAGAUGUUCAUCAAUCCUAUCCUUUAACAUAGUUUCCAUCACUUUCCCCACUACUGAAGUAAGGCUUACUGGCCUAUAGGUGCCCGACUCCUCCCUAUUACCUUUCUUGUAAAUGGGCACAACAUUCGCUAACUUCCAAUCUUCUGGGACUACUCCUGUUAACAAUGAUUGGUUAAAUAAAUCUGUUAAUGGUUUUGCUAGUACACAGUGAAGGAUUUUAAGCAUGUGUGGGAUAGGCAUAAGACUAUCAUAGCUAUAAGAUAAGGCCAGGGACUUGUUUUGGGCUACUGGGGCUUUUAAGUCCAGCUUGGGAAUAGAACCUGGCAGGCUGCAUGUCAGAAGUCCAACCAAUCGCCAGGUGUUUUCUAGAGCCCCAGACCUUGACCCCUGGGUAUACCUUCUGAACAGAUCGAUUGACGGAUGGACAAGAAGGGAGCAAAAACUGAUCCACAAACUUACUCUAGCUGCAAGGAGAGCAAUAGCAUAUACCUGGUUACAACCAGACGCGCCACGUAUAGCGAGUGUCAUAAUGAGAAUUAGGGUAGUGCGCUUGAUGGAUGUUUUAAAUGCUAGGAUUCGGGGGUCCACUGGAGCAUUUCAGAAACUGUGGGAGCCAUGGGAUGAUAGCCCACUGAGUUCUUAGAGAACGGUGAUUGUCUCCGCGUGGGUGGCUCCGUUCUCCCCGUCGCCCUGGGUUCCCCUCCGCGCGCCUCUUCUAUUUUCUACCUCUUCCUUCCAUCUUUCUAUCCUCUGAUCUGUUUCUAUAUCCUUCCUUUUUCAUACACCACGGCCAUGUUUUUUACAGGGCAAGUAGUAAAAGGCUUACAGGUACGGAUAGCUUUGCACCAUUACUAAGAGUAAGAGCUGGUUAUGAUAACCAUGUGAUACUGCCUAUAACAACACUUUAACUAUAGUUGCCAAGUACCUGGUUCUGUGUUUGAACAAAACUGAAAAAUUGUAAAAUGUGCAUCUUUGCCAAGCCAAUCCCAAGAAUUUUAUUGUACAAUGUUAUUUGCUACAUAACGUGUAUUGACUCUGUGCGUUUGUGUUUUUUGCACUGCACAACAAAAAUAAAGAAUAAAAAAAAAAAAAGUCAAACCAUUCUACAAUGUGUAAUGUCUGCAUAAAUGACUCCAUCAAUACUUGAGUACUGUGAGUCAUAAAGAAGUAUUUUUUAUGAAACCAAGCUCAGCUUCUAAAUAUUGGUUCUGGCUUCGAUUUUGAAAGCCAGAGCUAGCUAUUCACUCUGAUCAGUGUGUCUGCAUAUCCUACCCUCUAACUGCAGUGGUCCACAAGCUAGGACUUCCCAGCUCCUUCCUGUUAGAAUGUAGAAAAGUCCUAAUUCUGCUUCAGUAAAUAUUUUGCGGGUGUGUGAUGAACUGGUGUGAGUCCACUGGUCCAGGUUGAAUCCUAAUGCUACAUGGAUUCUUGAUUUUCAACCCAUUCCCAACCAGUCAUUCUCUUUGCAGGUGGUGCGGACCUUGUAAAAUCCUAGCUCCAAGAUUGGAGAAAAUGGUUGCAAAGCAUCAAGGAAAAGUGCAGAUGGCAAAAGUGGAUAUUGAUGACAAUACGGACCUUGCCAUUAAAUAUGAGGUAGGUACUGUACUUUGUCAUUGGAAUGAAACACUUUAUGCAGGUUUUGUAAUUUUUUGUAACUGGUCGUAUUUUUCUUUACCCGUUGGUAAUUUCUGUACAAUACAAAUAGCUUGUUUAAAAAUGUUAGCUCUUAUGUAACAUGGAGAUCACGGGACACGUGGUCCCAAUGAUUUUUCAGAAAACGUAUUCAUUACAGCUAGGGUUGCCACCUGGCCGGUAUUUUACCUGCACAGCCGGUAAUUAGUGCUGCCUUGCCGGUGCCGGCAAUUGAGAUUACAAUGUAAUGUAUGUGGAGAGAGGCAGGAUUAGGAAGAUACAUUUUAUCUCAGCCUCUCUCUGCUGAAUGGAUCCACGGAGGAGCACAGAGUGAGUAUAGCCAGCAGCUCAGGUAAAUGAGGGAUGGGGGACACAAAUGGCAGAACAGACUCCAUUAAGAAGCAAUCCCAAUCCAGUAACAUAUGGACUUUACAUUCCCUGUAUAGGACUUGGAGAGGCUGGGAAUCAUAACCUACAUUAUUAUAGAGGAUCAUUUAUGUUUUCUCAGUUAAGUGAACUAUCCUUAUCUUACAGGGAAUGAUGGAAGGAGGAACACAUUUGUUGUAGGCACUCAAAGGCAAACAUUCUGAUUUUAAACAUACAGUGUUCUGAAAGGUCAAAAACCUGCUAUCUUGCUCCUAGACUGCAGAUGUGACUAAGGCAUGAGGGAGGGCUGCUUUCUGUGUGUGUGUGUGUGUGUGUGUGUGUGUGUGUGUGUGUUCAGCAGUCUGUCUGUGUGUGUGUUCAGCAGUCUGUGUGUGUGUGUUCAGCAGUCUGUGUGUGUAUUCAGUAGUUUGCGUGUGUUCAGCAGUCUGUGUGUGUUUGUUCAGCAGUCUGUGUGUGUUUGUUCAGCAGUCUGUGUGUGUUUGUUCAGCAGUCUGUGUGUGUUUGUUCAGCAGUCUGUGUGUGUGUGUUCAGCAGUCUGUGUGUGUGUGUUCAGCAGUCUGUGUGUGUGUGUUCAGCAGUCUGUGUGUGUGUGUUCAGCAGUCUGUGUGUGUGUGUUCAGCAAUCUGUGUGUGUGUGUGUUCAGCAGUCUGUGUGUGUGUUCAGCAGUCUGUCUGUGUGUGUGUGUGUGUGUGUUCAGCAGUCUGUGUGUGUGUGUUCAUCAGUCUGUGUGUGUGUGUAUGUUCAUCAGUCUGUGUGCAUUAAGUAAUUUUUAGUAGUCUGUAUUUAGCAGUCCGUGUGUGUGUAUUUAGCAGUCCGUGUGUGUGUAUUUAGCAGUCCGUGUGUGUGUGUGUUCAGCAGUCUGUGUGUGUAUUCAGUAGUUUGCAUGUGUAAUCAGCUGUGUGUGUGUUCAGCAGGCUGUGUGUGUGUUCAGCAGUCUGUGUGUGUUUGUUCAGCAGUCUGUGUGUGUUUGUUCAGCAGUCUGUGUGUGUUUGUUCAGCAGUCUGUGUGUGUGUGUUCAGCAGUCUGUGUGUGUGUGUGUUCAGCAGUCUGUGUGUGUGUGUUCAGCAGUCUGUGUGUGUGUGUGUUCAGCAGUCUGUGUGUGUGUUCAGCGGUCUGUGUGCAUUCAGUAAUUUUUAGCAGUCUGUAUUUAGCAGUCCGUGUGUGUGUAUUUAGCAGUCCGUGUGUGUGUAUUUAGCAGUCCGUGUGUGUAUUUAGCAGUCCGUGUGUGUAUUUAGCAGUCCUUGUGUGUGUAUUUAGCAGUCCGUGUGUGUGUAUUUAGCAGUCCGUGUGUGUGUAUUUAGCAGUCCGUGUGUGUGUAUUCAGCAGUCCGUGUGUGUGUAUUCAGCAGUCCGUGUGUGUAUUCAGUAGUUUCUGUGUGUGUAAUCAGCAGUGUGUGUAUUUAGCCGUCUGUGUGUGUAUUCAGUAGUUUCUGUGUGUGUAAUCAGCAGUGUGUGUAUUUAGCCGUCUGUGUGCGUAUUUAGCAGUCUCUGUGUGUUCAGCAAUAUGUGUGUAUGUCUUCUGCAGUCUGUGUGUAUUCAGUAGUUUCUGUGUGUGUAAUCAGCAGUGUGUGUAUUUAGCCGUCUCUGUGUGUGUGUGUGUGUAUUCAGCUGUCUGUGUGCGUAUUUAGCAGUCUCUGUGUGUUCAGCAAUAUGUGUGUAUGUCUUCUGCAGUCUAUGUGUGAAUUCAGCAGCGUGUGUAUGUAUUCGGCGGUCUGAUAGGAGAAUGGUGAUAGAAAUAGAACCAGUAUCAGUACCACCUCUGUUAUAAAUAGCUCGUACAUGCAUUGUUAUAUACCAUAUAUACACACACAAUAACAUACACAUGCUCACAGUACACAGACUCUGACAGUAUUCACACAUUGCUAUACUGCUCCCCUAUUACAUACACUCAUUCAGACACUAUAUACACUCACUGCCUCACAUACACAAUGCUACAAACAAAGCAAAGUUCUCUUAUGUAUGUCGUGUCCUGUGAUGUCACACAUACACAAUUAAUUAUGCAAAUUAGCAUGGCCGGUAUUUUUUUCCAAAAAAGGUGGCAACCCUAAUUAUAGCGUAUUUUAUUAGAUGGGGGCUUUCCUGUGUGAGCUUCUGCUAACUGGUUGUCUUUACCUAUAAAUGUUAGAAAGAAACCUACUGUCACGUGCCUUAUUUCUGCACAAUGGACCUCCAUCUUCAUUGAUUGUGUUUCCCUCUACAUACAGUAUAUUUAGCAACUAGAAAAGCUACAAUUUCUGGGGAAAUUGUGUCAAGUGUUCUUGCCUCCACCAGUAGUCUACAACUAGGGAUCGACCGAUUAUCGUUUUUACUGAUAUUAUUGGCUGAUAUUUGGUAUUUUCGGCAAUAUCUGUAUCGGCCACUAAAGAUACCAAUAUUGUCGAUAAUACAUACCAGGAACGCCGGGUCCAUUACAAGCCUGGUGGUCCUGGGAGGGCCCAGCAAGCUGUUACUUGCCUUCCCAGCAGCUCCCUUCCGCUCCCUGUGUAAAUCUUGCGAGACCCGCAGCCGUCAUCGCGUGGCCACUGGUUACCAUGACAUCGCUCCGCGCAGCACGCAGGCCGCGAGAUUUACACAGGGAGCUGCUGGAAAGAUAAGUAAGCGCUUGCUACGAGCCCCUCUAUACUUUCCAUGACACUGGACCACCAGGGAAUGCUAUAUCCCCCCUAAAAAGAACAAUUAAAAAUAUAUAUUUUUUAAUUAAAUAAAAAAUGCCCCCUCCCCCCAAAUCACAUACCUACAGAAACACACACUGCAUUAUAUAAGCGCACUACACAAACACACACACUGCAUUAUAUAAACACACUACACAAACACUGUGUAUAUAAUGAAUGCAGUGUGUGUGUGUUUGUGAAGUGUGUGUACAGUGAAUGCAGUGUGUUUGUGUAGUGUGCAUAGUGAAUGCAGUGUGUGUAUAUAAUGCAGUGUGUUUGUGUAAUGUGUGUUUGUAUAGUGUGUAUAUAAUGCACACUACACAAACACAUACACUGCAUUAUAUAAACACACUACACAAACAUCACUACAUGACAUCACUUGCUGCUCCAGCCUGGCACAGGUCAGAGUAUUUUGGCGGUUGCCAUCUUCAAACGGUCAUAUUUUAAAAACUAUAAAUCCUACAGCAAAGAGCUUUAUAUUGUGAGAAUCACAAGACCCAGACCGACAUGUUGAUGCGUAGUGUGACGGAACGCUGGCGAUCCGACUGAGUACCUCCGCCAAUCGAUGCGCCUAGUGCUUGCUGAGGACUCCAAGAACUCCAACCAACACCAUCAGCACUGCAGACCCCACUUCCAGCGAUACAUCUGCGCCAGGAUCUCGCCGCCUCCACCCACCCUGGAUCCACGACCAGGAUCCAGCUCCCAGUGGGUGAACCUCUCCUAAAUCCAGAGAGCGUAGCAGGAACAAAUCAAGCUAUUGCAAGAGUUUACUCUGGGGAGUAAGUGAUUAUAGCAAUCCCCAGAGUGUAGUUUUCCAAUCCCCCAAACAUGAGCCAAGGCUUAAUGCUGGAACAAGACUUUACUGGAAGUAACAACAACAUGUAUUCAAGCUACAGUUUCUUUUAUGCCCUGCUCCCAUGCAGGGGAGGGACACACACGUUAUCUACAGUAGCCAAUAAAACAGAGGUUGCAGCCCACACAAAAUCCUCCCCUCUGCCUGUGAUUCAAUUAUCUUAUACAAUAGAAGAUUCAAUUAUCACAGGUAGGAAAAAUACAGUUUUUACAGCAUAUUCAUAACUUCUAAAAUAUACAUCACAUUCACAUAACAAAUUAUAUAUUCACAAUCAAUCCAUUCAGGGAAACAACAUAUCAAAAAAUGGCAUGAAUCAGACCAGGGGUUCAGAAGUUAGUAAAGUAUCUUUUGGGGCCUGGCUGGCAGCAUGGCUAUCUGGCCCAAACUGGUUUUACAGAGCCCUCUAGCCUGGAGACAAUGGGGAACAUAAUCCACUUAUAUCCAGGGAUAGAGGCAGACUCCAUUGAGCACAUGUUCCCAGUAAAACACAAAAGGAUACAAAAAUACAUAACUCCGAUCAUACUGAAUUGAACGGGCCAAAUCUCCCAGGGUCCAUAGUCACAGGGCAAGAGGCGGGCAGGCAGUCCUCUCCAGGCACAAGUGGCGAAGGGCACUUCGUAACAGUAAUAAAUCCAUGAAUAAAGUAGCAGGGAGGGAAAGUAUCGAAUGAAUGGAGGGGGAUUCUUCACACGUAGUAUGUCUCUGAAAUAUUAAAAAUGAAGGUACAGUCGCAGUUUAGAAAUUGCCCUUCAAAUUUAAGCUGGCUGGAGUGGAGUUUCAAUGAAUGUCAAUGGACGGCGUGAGUUGCAAACAAAUGGUCAUAUUGUGAAAAUUAUCAGGACUAUGGCAGAGAAAGGAUUGGGGGCACACCCAAGACCUGCAUUUUGCAUGAAAGGUGCUGCUGCAGUGACAAAACUAUUUAAUUUGUCCCCCACAUUUUAGUGUAGGACCCACCAACAUUGGGGUACAUUGAAAGCAGUGGUGGGCUUAACAUCAUAUGGCCAUAUGGUGGAACUAAAUCUCCAUAUUUAUUCUUAGAUAGGCAAUUUAGAAGCCUUCUUUGUGUAGGUGGGCCUGGAAAUGAGGGAGUGGUAGCAGUUUAGAAAUCAUGUCCUGAUUUUUCAGCUUUUGCCAGCUCCCACUCUAGUUUUGAACAUUUUGCCAUUCAUUCCUAUGGGACAAAUUUCGCCACAAGAACGACGAUAUUCCGUGAACCAUUCGGCGAAACGUUCCACAAAGUAAUAGCAAUCCGAUCGGGAACAAUCCGCACGUUUCGGUAUAUUACUGUCUAUGUAGUGUAAAAACUGUGGGAGGAGUUAGGGUGGUAUAUUUAGCUAGAAUAAGAAUAAUAAUAUAUAUGUGAGAUAACAUUAAGUGCAAGAACACUUAAUGAGGCACAAACGAUACCCUGCUCUCACAGAGAUACGUUUUUUUUUUGUUUUUUUUACAGCAGGUAUGUUGGCCUAAAUAUUGCAAUUUUGUAUUCAGCUUUUUGUAAAAAAAGGGUGAAGAGGAAUUUGGAUCCAAAAUAGACAGACCCGCAUAAAGGAAUUCAAUGGGAAUUGGAGCCACGUAUACCAACAGCCUCAAAAUGGGCCCUAAAUAGUGAACUAAAAAGAACAAUGAGGGGUGUGGAAAAGCAGUGUAUUCUUAAAGGGACACUUCAGCUAAUUGAAGUGGUCUGGGUGCUGAGCCCCUAUUGCACUUAGUGCUGCAAUCUAAAACAUUGCAGCUCCACAGAAUGUUUACAUUGCAGCACUAAGUCUGCCCUCGGUGACCAGACAGCCACUGGGUGGCGCAUCCUGAAUUUAAACAGACUUUUGGUCCAUUAACUGAAACGGAGAGGUCUAAUGCGCGUGGACAUUGGUCUCCCCUAUCGGCGGGGGAGGAGUGUGAGCGGAGCCUGACCCAGUGACAAGGGACAUCGGUGCUGGAUUCAGAUAAGUGGCUUAAGGGUUUUUAACUCCUUCAGCCCCACGGGACGGAGGACCUAUUAAACCUAUAGUGCCAGGAAAAUGGCUUUGGAAUCCCAGGCAUUAUAGGAUCCCUUUAAAGAUUAUCCACCUCAGAAACACUACUCAGACCUAAAUAUUUGCUAAAUACAUUCCAAGAGUCUAAUAAAACUUAACUUGUAUUGGUGUAGAUAAAAGCGAGCUAAAUACAUACAAACAAUUCUUUACAUACAGAACCAAUGACGUCAUGUAAAAAAUCUCCUUGAUGUUGCUGCAGUGUGAUAUCCACUGCCUGUAUAAUGGUAUCAACAAAGUAACAAUGAAAAGAAACAGAGCAGUGAUAAGGUGAAGGGAAGUUUCACAUAAUUAAUUAGCAAGAAUUGCAACAGGGUAUAUAUACGGUACAGACUGGAGCUCACAGUCUGGCCUAACACUCUGACAACUGCAAAUCAAUGAUCUCGGUAAACUAAACUCAUUUGGUGCUAUACCUGUUUGAGGGAAGGGGGGAAAACACACUGGCCGCUUGUUCCUUCGAGGGCACCACCAGUCUACACCCCUCCCCUCCUGAAAGGACAAAGUGGGCAGUAGUUUUAGAAGGUAAAGAAGCUGUGAAGAGGAACUACCUGAAUCGGGAGAAACAUGAAAAAUCAAAAGUAUAACACCAAAAAAAUGAACUUCCCAAUCGAUCAGGUUAAAGAACAGACUGGAUAGCUGGUCUGAUAACCAUUGAAGCUACACCAGCUUUGGGAAGGUAGUUAGAGCUGCAUGAAGGACAUUUGGGAGUUAUCAAGUGUCUUUUCAGUCAACAUUAGUCAGCCACAGCAGCAAUUGUCCAUCAUUAAAUCCGAUAUCCAUAACAUAUCAGAGACUCGUUCGGUGUCAAAUGUCCUGAAUAAAGUACUUUGUAACCAGAUGGGUUCUUUAUAUAUAACCGGAAUUCUUAUCAAAUUCUCAUUGCUGCAAUAAAACUUGAAACAGUACGAUGUCAGGCGUGAAUUAUUGGGUCUCUUCGCAACUUUUCAUACGAAGUUCAGUCAGAAUUAUUACUGCAUUGCCAAUUUGACUAAUUUCUCGUCUUCCACAUGCAGGUAUCUGCCGUGCCGACAGUCCUUGCAAUGAGAAAUGGUGGGGUGGUAGAUAAAUUUGUGGGACUGAAAGAUGAAGACCAGCUGGAAGUUUUUCUCAAGAAACUCAUCGGCCCUUAAAAUGAGACUGAAAAACCUCAGCUCCCACAUGUCACCAGCUACUACUGGCAUAGAAUCCAUCUGUUGUAUAACCAUGUUAGCCCGUUGGCUGAAGAGUUCCCUUCAUUCUUUCCUUUGCCCGUGAAACAAAUGUGACUAGGUGGAAAUUUGCAGUGGGGGCAAUGCGAAUGAGAAAUUAGAUCAUUAUUUAGUCUGUCAAUCAAUACAUUCUUUAUCUUUAUCUUCUUUACAAAGAAUUCUUCAUCCUCCGAUACCCAUGUAUCACGUCCAACUGUUUAAAAGAUUUUUAGAAACAAAUGAUCUGUAAAAUGUAAGUGUGCAAGAAAACGUUAACUUCAAUGGUAUAUUUUUGUGCUGUUAGACUAUGCAACUGUGAAAUGAGAAGACCUGUCCAAUAAACACUUUAAAUACUGUGAAUAAUGUCGUACAUUGUCACAAUUGAUUGUUAAACACCUAAAUGAAACCAAUUACCC